AAGCCAAACACAAAACCUUGAGCAAACCUCAACAAAAACCGCACUCUCUUCCUAUUCUCGGUCUCGGAACUCCUUAUCCUCCUUCAUGGCAAGAAUGUUGGCAAACCCUGCAACACUUACCCGCAAUUCCUCAAUCUUCGGUCGCUUCUUCAGCUCAACUUGUAGACCUGUUCGGGGCUAUGUUCUACCGACUCGAAUUCCCGCAAAAACCUUACAUAUAACUGGUUUUACGGCCUGUUCUUCGUGCUCGUCUUAUUUGCAUCCUCUUAAUUUUGGUUAUGGAGCUGGUUUCAGGAAUUUGAGUCAUUCCAACACGGAAUUUGGGCAACUGGGUUUCGAUCGUUUUCGAGUUUUGGCCGCUUCGGAGGGUGGGUCGGGAAAAGGUGGUGGAAAUGGUGGCUAUGGUGAUGGAAAUUCCGGUAGUGGCGGUGGUGGCGGUGAUGGUGCUGCUGGUGGUGAUGGUGCUGCUGGUGGAAAUAACUGGUCUUUCCUCUCUUGGUAUAUGGCCAUGCUUGCAAAGUUUCCUGUUCUGACGAAAGCUAUAACAUCUGCACUUCUGACUUUGAUGGGAGACGUAAUAUGUCAGCUUGUGAUUGAGCAAGUGCCAUCGCUAGACUUGAAAAGAACAUUCGUGUUUACAUUUUUGGGCCUGGUGCUAGUGGGACCAACAUUGCACUUCUGGUACUUGUAUUUGAGUAAAUUGGUGACAAUGCCCGGAGCAUCAGGAGCAUUCUUGCGCCUCAUUCUUGAUCAGUUUCUCUUUUCUCCAUCAUUCAUUGGAUUUUUCUUAGCCACGUUGGUAACACUUGAGGGAAGGCCAUCAGAAGUCAUACCCAGGCUUAAACAGGAAUGGUUUCCUUCUGUUAUUGCAAAUUGGAAGCUGUGGAUACCUUUCCAGUUUCUGAACUUCCUAUUCGUCCCACAGCAAUUUCAGGUCCUUGGUGCCAAUUUUAUCGCUAUAAUUUGGAAUGUGAUUCUCUCAUUCAAAGCUCACAAAGAGGUUCUACCAAAAUAGGUUGAUGCCGUCAGCUCAAUUUUGGUCCGGCCCAUAUAGAUGAGCACAGAACUGUUUCAAUUUUGGUCCGGCCCAUAUAGAUGAGCCCAGAAUUGUUUCAAUUUUUGUCCGGCCCAUGUAGAUGAGCCCGGAACUGUUUCAAUCUGGGCAUGGCCCAUAUUGAUGAGCCCAGAACUGUUUAUGACUAAUUGACUAUGAUCUGUUGAAUUAAUAUUGAAAUAGUUUCUUCUUCGUUUCCAUGUCAAA